CGCCGGCGGCGGGCGGGCGGCAAGGAGCGGCGCCCCGGGAGGCGCACAGCUGCGCGCCGCGUCCCCGCAGGGUCAGGCUCUCGCGGGCCCGGCUGGCAUUUAAUAGGCCAAAACCGAACAACCCCGAGUUUGCCAGCUCUUGCCCCUGUUCUUUGCCUCUGGUUUUGUUGGUGAAGAUAUCACAGUGAUGUCUGCCUUCAACCUGCUGCAUUUGGUGACAAAGAGCCAGCCAGUAGCCCUGCGAGCCUGUGGGCUUCCCUCAGGGUCAUGUAGGGAUAAAAAGAACUGUAAGGUGGUCUUUUCCCAGCAGGAGCUGAGGAAGCGGCUAACACCCCUGCAGUACCAUGUCACUCAGGAGAAAGGGACUGAAAGUGCCUUCGAAGGAGAAUACACACAUCACAAAGAUCCUGGAAUAUAUAAGUGUGUUGUUUGUGGAACUCCAUUGUUCAAGUCAGAAACCAAAUUUGACUCCGGGUCAGGUUGGCCUUCAUUCCAUGAUGUGAUCAAUUCUGAUGCAGUCGCAUUCACAGAUGACUUUUCCUACGGGAUGCACAGGGUGGAAACAAGCUGCUCUCAGUGUGGUGCUCACCUUGGGCAUAUUUUUGAUGAUGGGCCUCGUCCAACCGGCAAAAGAUACUGCGUGAACUCGGCUUCCUUGUCUUUCACACCUGCAGAGAGCAGAGGUGCCACCGGAGGUGACAGCGGGGGCGGCCCCGGCAGGGCAGACAAGACAGAGCUGUAGAGUAGUGCAGAGUGAUGGAAACAAGUGUACUGAAUGCACAGCUGAUUAAAAAAAUUUCAGAAUUGUCUAUCUUAGAUAUAUUUUUUCAACAAAUGUGAGGGCAGUUUUAUGCUAUUUUUCUUCUUUGCUUAAACAGAGGCCCUGGCUGUCAAUGUAUUUUGCUAUUGACUAGAUUUGGAAGUGUUUCUGACUUUGAGUGAAUGGCAACUGCUCUGUGAAACUUUUGCACAAGCCACCUAAGUACCAUUUGACAUUAUUUUCUUCGAGCACAUGGCUUCCUUUGAGAUUUUUUCCCCCUUUGCUUAAGAGGCAGAAGGUGCUGGGUCUUCAAACAUAAAAAUGGAGGUCUUCUGUGUGGUAUAGAGACCAGAGCUGGACUGGAGGCAUGGGUACAGAUUGACCCAAGAUAAGGAUGGAGUGAUGUCUUGAGACUUCCAGCUUUGUGGAAAGUUUGAGCUAAGGUCGUUUAUUCUCACUGAAAGGGUAUAAAGGUCUAAAGUCUUUCCUUAUGUUAAAUUGUUGCCAGAUCUGAAAGGGCACACUAAGAGUUGUGGCAGAGAAGUAAACAUUACCUCACGUUAGGCCUUUAUUUUAUUUAAUUCUCCAUUGAAAACAUUGGAAUGUAAGACAACUAUAAAAUGCUGAGCCCCAUUGUGCCCCAAGCCCACAAGGAAGGACACCCGCCACUGCCUUCUCUAAGUGCACCCCUCCACACCUAAGAGCAGCUGCAGCUGGUCGGGCGCUCAGACGAAUUCCACUGUGUCAAGUAAGAUACUGGGACAACACACGUCAGAGGGCAGCAGCACUAAGAGAGAGCAGAGAAGACCACGGAGGAAGUCCUGGCUACUGCAGUAUCCAGUGCUGGGCAGGAAACUGUUAAGAUACUGCAAGUGACAGACAAACCCAAAGGGGGUGACCUUGUGCACAAAGGUUCCGGGAACCCUGGAAAGAUGUAGAGUUUACAGCAGAAAUAGCCCAGAGCUCAAGUCCCACCCUGACACUGAUCUGCUAUUCAGCAAGGGACAAGCCUUUCAGCUUCUCCAUUCCUAUUCUGCAUGUAGAAAUUGAGAUUUACGGUAUUUGUAAAAUAAUUGGCACUCUCAGGGCAAAAUUACUAUAUUUCUAUACAAUUAAGAUCAGUGUUGUAAGAAUUAAACUAAUCUGGUUCUAAUCGCCUCAAAGGCUGAAGCCCAGGCAUUUGAAAUGGAAAGAAGCAGAGAGGAGGUUGACUUAGCUGAUUGGUAUGGAAACAGUUGGGCGAAGAGCCAGGAAGUUUUCUUUGUAGCGAUAUGGCUGGUUUUACUCUGAGGAACUCUGCUGGGUUGCUGUAUAACAUUUAGUCUGGUGGGAUGGAUGUCAUUGUGCAUAAUAAGGUUCUCACAGGAGUGAGCAGCGAUGAUUUAAGUUGAGAUUGCCACAGCCAGGUGUUAAAGCACAGUUAAUGACAGAUACAUAGUGUGCUUGUAGCCUUGAAUACUAACCCUGAAACAUUUUUUUAAAAAUAGGAUUUACAUAAAUCUUUGAAAGCUUGUGAAAACUGACAUCUUCCCUUGUAAGCACCAGGACAAAAUAAGAAAAAGGAACACUUGACAAUUUUAAAGAAACAAUGAAAAACUAAAAUGAGAAGUUGUGACAAAUGAAAAUGUCAGUGGGUCACAUGCACAAUAUUCUGUGCCUCCACAAACACUUCCUGGUGAGGCCCUAACAUCCCAGUGACUCUUCACUGUCGUGACACACCAUGGCUUUGCAAUUCCAGGACAGUUAUGUUCUUCCUCCCUUAGCUCCUAGGAUGUUCACCUCAGGCCUGGAACCCUCUGCAGUUCACAGGUUUCACUCCCUUCCAGAAGUGAGAUGUAAAAUUUAAGACCAUAGGAACCUCAGGGCCCAGACCAUUCUAGAAGCCUUAUCUGAUCUUGUAGAGAGAGGUCCAAUGGUGGUUUCCCAGAAAUCCAAGAAUCCCUUGUGGGGUGUGCUGAAGAAGUGUGUUUUGGGUCACUUUUCUGUCACAGUGUGCAGUCCAUCCUCCCAGGGCACGCAGCACUUGUCAUGUCACUCCAGCUCUGCGUGGUGGCCCUGAGGGUCCCUGGACACGGCCACCGUGUUGGGGUGGAAAAGGGAGAUGAACAAAGGGCUUCUUUCCUCUCCCCAGAGACUGUUCUCACUAUUUCUUUUUAUUAUAGGGCCUACCCGUUUUCUCUCAAAAAUUCCUUUCCUAAUCCUUACUCUUUGUUUCAAGGAAAGCUGGUUUUUCUUUUACCACGUUUUCCAACAACCAUGCAGCCUUAAAAAAAUGCAGCAUCCAUUGGGGAAAAAAAAGUGGGGUAUAUGCAUGUGGUUUAAUUCCAGAUUGCUUUUGAGUUUAAGUGGUAUCAAAUUUCAAUAUAUUUCUGUCUUAUGUUAAAGAAAUAUAUUGCUAAAACGUCAGUGAGUAAUAAUGUCAGCUGUCGAGUGCUAGAUUUAUUUUUGUGGGAUAUGGAGUGCAAUGAACUGAGUCAAUAUGGUGAGGUGUAUGUGAUCUGUGGGAGUUAUGCCAUUUCACGUAGGAAAUGCAUGGGACUCUCCCUUUCUGCACUCCAGCCGUUACUGUACCAUUAGGAGACAGGUUCCUGCCAAUGUGUAGACAGUGCCCCCAUGCAGUCAUGCAGAAUGGAUCUGAGGAAAGCAGCAGUGUAUAUUGUACUAGAGAACUUGUCUGCGUGUUAAAACUUCUCACUUCUUAGAUGCAUUUAAAUUCUUAAUGCAAAUGACAUAGCAGUUUAAAAGCUUCUCCCUCUUCAUUAAAUUGGAAAUGCCUCACUAUCAACAUAGAACAUGAUCAAAGGAAUUAUCAUGUGUCAUGAGGGUCAAAUAUUAUUUUUGCCUUAGAUAGCUUUGUAAUAACUUUUCUCCAAAAAAUUCAAAAGGUUUUGAAAAAUGACUUGAAAUUUUCAUUAAAAACCCUUUUCCUAUGUUUCUUGUAUACAGAAAUUAUGCAAUAAAGUUUCUCUAUAAAAA